AGGAGUAUGAAUUUAAUUUAGAGAAAUAGGUGAGCGGGUAAAAAAUGGCGCAAUGUUAGAUAUUGUUGAUGCAUCAUCAAUCCUUCUUCGUUUUGAAAUGGAAAAUGUAUCGGUUGGUAAUCGUUGGAAAAUUCUUUUACCAAUUAUUAAACCACAUUUACAUGAUCAUAUAUUAGCUUUUAAUGAUGCACAUAUUCGUAUGAUUGUUGAAGGUUGCAAUGAUAUUGCAACAAGGAUGGAACAUUGCAACAGUGUUGCAAGUUUUAUCAAUAACAAUAGCGGUGAUAACAAUGAACGAACUCAAAGUUUAGGAAAACCAAUCUGUGAUGCGAUAACUUCUUAUUACAGUGGUGAUUAUCAUAAAGUUGUUCAGACAUUAGCGCCCAUACGACACAAUGUAUACAACAUAGGUGGCAGUAAUGCACAACGUGAUGUAUUCACACAAUUACUUAUUCAUAGUGCCAUGUCGUCAACAGAAGUAGAUGAUCAUAAGCUUGGAAAAUUAAUAUUGGAAGAACGAAAUGUAAUAAAGAAGAAUUCAACGUUGAGUCAAAGAUUAUUAAACAAAUAUAAUCAAUUAAAAGGCAUUUAA